CAUCGCCCUCAAUGCAGCAGUGCAUCGCAGACAGCUCGACAGAUUGCUGAUAACUGUGGAUUUCAUACGGGAAACACUACUUGCAGCAUCUGAAGAUCGGCAAGUAGCAGCAGCAGCAGCAGCAAUGACUCUUCGUGGCAAGAAUGCAGUAGUGACGGGUGGUGCUGGUGGCAUAGGUCUCCAGGUGGCCAGGCAACUGCUAGUAGCAGGAGCGGCAAGGGUUGCCAUCAUUGAUAUCCAGGAUAAUCUGGAGGAGUUUGUCAAGCUGCGUGCAGCGCAUCCAACGCAGAGUGUGAUGAUCAUCAAAAUGGAUGUGGCCAACAAGAAGGGUGUGGAGGCUACAUAUGAGGAGAUCAAGAAGACCUUUGGCAGCAUUGAUAUUGUCGUCAAUGUGGCUGGCAUAUUCAAUGACAAGGAUGUGCAGCGCACGCUGCUAGUUAACUUGGGCGGCAUAAUGAACUCCAGUUUGAGUGCAUUGCAGUAUAUGAGCAAGGAGAAUGGCGGCAAUGGUGGCAUUGUGGUUAACAUGAGCUCCGUUGUUGGCUUGGAUCCCAUGUUUAUUAUACCCGUUUAUGGGGCCACAAAGGCCGGCAUUAUAAACUUUACGCGUUGCCUGGGCAACGACAAGUUCUAUCAGCGCUCUGGCAUAAGGUUUGCCACUGUUUGUCCUGGUGCCACCAUGACGGACAUGUUUACAAAUUUCACGGAGAAAAUCAUCUUUCCGGAGACGAGCGAUGAGACCUAUAAGAUCUUGGAUCGUUUAAGUAAACAGAGCGCCACAGACGUGGCCCGUUGCAUUCUGAGUGUGCUGGAGAAGGAGAAGAAUGGCGCCGUCUAUGUGAUUGAGGGCAAACGCAUCAUUCCCAUUGACAUGAAACCAUACUGGACGGGCAAGGAGCAAGCGCUCUAAAGCUACAAAGAAAUGCAUAUCUAACACUUAUUUACAAACUCAAUUGUUGAGGGUAGUCUUUAAUAAAGAAGCGAGCAUACUGUAA